CCGCGCCGCCCACGGCCCGGCCCCGGCGCCGGGGAGACUCUCAUGCGCCGGGCGCGGCGGCGCCUCCCCGGAUCCCAGCCUCUCCCGGCUGUCUGGCCGCGCUCCUCGGGCUGAGAGCGUCGCUGCACCCGCGGCCGGCGAUGCGGGGUCCCGGCGCGGUCGCGUCGCGCUUGCCCCUGGGCCUGUGCACCCUGGUGCUGGCGCUGCUGGGCGCGCUGCCCGCGGGCGCCAGGGCGCAGCCGUACCACGGCGAGAAGGGCAUCUCGGUGCCGGACCACGGCUUCUGCCAGCCCAUCUCCAUCCCGCUGUGCACGGACAUCGCCUACAACCAGACCAUCCUGCCCAACCUGCUCGGCCACACGAACCAAGAGGACGCGGGCCUCGAGGUGCACCAGUUCUACCCGCUGGUGAAGGUGCAGUGUUCUCCAGAGCUGCGCUUCUUCCUGUGCUCCAUGUACGCGCCCGUGUGCACCGUGCUCGAUAAGGCCAUCCCGCCGUGCCGCUCUCUGUGCGAGCGGGCCCGCCAGGGCUGCGAGGCGCUCAUGAACAAGUUCGGCUUCCAGUGGCCCGAGCGGCUGCGCUGCGAGAACUUCCCGGUGCACGGCGCCGGCGAGAUCUGCGUGGGCCAGAACACGUCCGACGGCUCCGGGGGCGCGGGCGGCGGCCCCACCGCCUACCCCACCGCGCCCUACCUGCCCGACCUGCCCUUCACCGCGCUGCCCCCGGGGGCCCCCGACGGCAGGGGCCGCCCCGCCUUCCCCUUCUCGUGCCCCCGCCAGCUCAAGGUGCCCCCCUACCUGGGCUACCGCUUCCUGGGCGAGCGCGACUGCGGCGCCCCGUGCGAACCGGGCCGCGCCAACGGCCUCAUGUACUUCAAGGAGGAGGAGAGGCGCUUCGCCCGCCUCUGGGUGGGCGUGUGGUCGGUGCUGUGCUGCGCCUCGACCCUCUUCACCGUGCUCACCUACCUGGUGGACAUGCGGCGCUUCAGCUACCCCGAGCGGCCCAUCAUCUUCCUGUCGGGCUGCUACUUCAUGGUGGCCGUGGCGCACGUGGCCGGCUUCCUGCUGGAGGACCGCGCCGUGUGCGUGGAGCGCUUCUCGGACGACGGCUACCGCACGGUGGCGCAGGGCACCAAGAAGGAGGGCUGCACCAUCCUCUUCAUGGUGCUCUACUUCUUCGGCAUGGCCAGUUCCAUCUGGUGGGUCAUCCUGUCGCUCACUUGGUUCCUGGCGGCCGGCAUGAAGUGGGGCCACGAGGCCAUCGAGGCCAACUCGCAGUACUUCCACCUGGCCGCGUGGGCGGUGCCCGCCGUCAAGACCAUCACCAUCCUGGCCAUGGGCCAGGUGGACGGGGACCUGCUCAGCGGGGUGUGCUACGUGGGCCUGUCCAGCGUGGACGCGCUGCGGGGCUUCGUGCUGGCGCCUCUGUUCGUCUACCUCUUCAUCGGCACGUCCUUCCUGCUGGCCGGCUUCGUGUCGCUCUUCCGCAUCCGCACCAUCAUGAAGCACGACGGCACCAAGACCGAGAAGCUGGAGAAGCUCAUGGUGCGCAUCGGCGUCUUCAGCGUGCUCUACACCGUGCCGGCCACCAUCGUCCUGGCCUGCUACUUCUACGAGCAGGCCUUCCGCGAACACUGGGAGCGCACCUGGCUCCUGCAGACGUGCAAGAGCUACGCGGUGCCCUGCCCGCCCGGCCACUUUCCGCCCAUGAGCCCCGACUUCACCGUCUUCAUGAUCAAGUACUUGAUGACCAUGAUCGUGGGUAUCACCACCGGCUUCUGGAUCUGGUCCGGCAAGACCCUGCAGUCGUGGCGCCGCUUCUACCACAGACUCAGCCACAGCAGCAAGGGGGAGACUGCGGUAUGAGCCCCGGCCCCUCCCCCACCCCUCUUCCCCCACCCCUGGCAGGGGGCGAGGCGCGCCGGGGAAGAACGGCCGGGUGGGGGGCUCGCUUCUGUACCCUGCUCCCCCUCCAACGAGAAGUGACCUGGAAGAGAGGAGGUCUG